UAGGUACCAAUCUGUCAAACAUGCGUUGGAAAGUGGAUCAAUCAUUGCGAUCCGUUCUCUUCCUUGCGGGGAAGUGGUUCUGCUAAUGAUAAGGACCCCGUGCCACUCUUGGACUUGAAAGAACACAUUCUACUAGUAGGCUUGCAUAGGUGAUAGUCAUGACGCUGUCUCCGGUCACCGCGAUUGCAGGCGCCUCGCUGGCCCUGCUGCUGCUAUACAAGUAUAUCCUGCAUCCGGCCUUUCUGUCUCCAUUGUCCAAGAUCCCGAAUGCCCAUUGGACUGCCCCGAUCUCCCCAUUAUGGAUGCUUUGGAAACGCUUCCAAAGCAAGAACAACCGGACCAUCCAUGCAGCCCAUGAAAGUCUGGGGCCCAUCGUGAGGUUGUCUCCCUCGGAGAUAUCCAUUAACUGUGUGGAGGACGGCAUCAAGACAGUCUACUCCGGCGGUUUCGAAAAACAUGAAUGGUAUCCACGAGUAUUUGGAUCCCUUGGAACAGUCAGUAUGUUCAGCAUGACUGGAAGCAAGGUCCACUCCACCCGCAAGCGCAUGCUGUCAAACAUCUAUAGCAAGUCAUUCUUGCAGUCUUCGCCUCACAUGCGUGUGAUAUCCGACGCCAUUAUCUUUGGUCGUUUUCUGCCAAUCAUCCAGGAAGCCGUCGCCGCCCAGACGCCCGUUGACGUGCAUGAUCUCAAUCAGGGCGUCACCAUGGAUUUUGUGUCGGCAUAUCUAUUUGGUCUGGCCACCGGAACCAACUUUCUUCAGGAUCCAGCUUAUCGACAAAACAUACUGUCACUCUACCACUCCAGAAAGCAAUUCGAGUUUUAUCACCAAGAAGUUCCGAACACCUUAUCCUGGCUCAAGGCGUUGGGGAUUCGUUUAAUUCCCACGUGGUGCGAUGACGCGAAUGAGGUGCUCGAUGCAUGGUGCCUGGAGAUGUGCGACAAGGCAGAGCAGAAUCUGGGGUCGACAGAUCUGAACAUCGAGCCUGCCGUGUACAAACAUCUCAAACAAGCGAUGUUGAAACAGUCCGCAGGCACCAAGAGAAGUCGGGAAAGCCUCGAUCAAGAGCGACUUGAUAUCGCCUGCGAACUAUAUGAUCAGCUCACGGCUGGCUUCGAGACGAGCGCCGUGGCGUUGACUUACCUCCUAUGGGAACUCUCCCAGCAUCCCGAGUUGCAACAAGAGCUUCGCGAAGAACUACUCACCCUAGAGCCGAAGAUCCUCUAUCCCCGACCCUCGACGUCCAGCGGACUGCCGUCGGCCAAGGCCGUUGAUUCUUUGCCUCUUCUCGAAGCCAUAGUCACAGAGACUCUGCGCCUUCAUGCUCCCAUUCCUGGAAUCCAGCCGCGAGUGACUCCGUCGCCCUCGUGCAGUCUAGUCGGGUACGGUGAUAUCCCUGCCAACACGAGGGUCAACGCGCAGGCUUAUUCACUCCAUCGCAAUUCGGACGUAUUCCCGGCCCCCGAAACCUGGCAGCCCAAACGGUGGCUCAAGAGCAGCAACUCGGCUUCCGACAUCGAGGAAAUGAAACGAUGGUUUUGGGCAUUUGGGAGUGGUGGAAGAAUGUGCGUGGGGAGCAACUUGGCCUUGCAAGAAAUGAAAUUCGUGGUUGCUGCGAUCUACACCAACUACAAGACCAGCAUCGUCAACGACGACAAUAUCGAAGCAAUCGAUGCUUACACUGUAAAACCUCGUGGAGAAAAGUUAGUUCUGAAAUUUGAAUCUGCGUAGUGAUCAGGUUCUAAUUAUGAUCAAUCAUCUUUGCUACGUUCCAAAUUGCAUCCAACUUAAGAG